AUGCAUGAGAUCCUCCUGUUCGCCUCCGUCCCCGCGGCCCAGCAUGACGACCUGCUGCACCAGCUCGCAGGGUUGGCCGCCAUGCAGCCGAAGGAGGUGCUGGAGCGCCGCCUGCUCUUCAAGUCCUUCCGCAAGCCGGGCUACAUCAAGCCGCGAGUCGGCGGCAGCCAGGCCCAGGGCCAGGAGGGCGUCAGCGAGGUCCAGCGACUCAUCAAGAUGCUAGGCUCUGGCAUGUAUCACAUCCAGGUCGUAAGCGAUGUCGACAGGGCCGCCAGCAGUGCCGACGCCGGCGGGAUGGGCGUCGCGGAGAGCCAGGCGGAGUGGAGGAUCGAGUUCAAGGACGUGCCUGACGCCGGAGCUGCGACUGGGGUGACCACGCGGUUUGCGGCCUCUGCUCGGGUGUCCGACGACUACAUCUCGUCCUUGAACGCAUGGGGAUUCAACUAUUACUCCGAAUAUGUCGUGGAAGGCAACAUCCUCGUUCUCGACGAAGCAGUCCUCUUCCUCCACCGUAUACUCGUCAUCCCUCCGGAGCUACAUAAGCCAUCUCAGGCCGGGAAACCUCUCUCCCGCCUGCCGCCAUACGACCAGCUAAAACCACUUGACCCCAAUGGAGGAUAUGUCCUGCAGACAUGCUUUACGAUACAAGACAGCAACAGCCCCGAGCUGCUCAGGUCGACCUCCCAGCGCAUGUUGGCGCUCAAGGAGCAGCUACGGCCUGCCAUUAGACUCGAACCAGGCGACAGGCUGGCUCUUGAUCCCAGGGUGAAAGCAGGCGCUCUCUAG